UGUUGUUUCUAGUUUCUACGAGAAGACGAAGGAAGAAGAAACAUCAAAAAUGGCUUCUCAGAGCUCUUCGCUUUUUUUGGUCGUCCUCUUCAUAUUCAUCUACGCUGCUUCAACUUCACCCUCUCGUCUCGUCAGAGCACAUGAACAAGACGGAGAUGAAGAGAUCAGAAGCGUUGGGCGUAGGUUACUUUUAGGUUUCAAAGAAACCCCAAAAGGAAGUAACAUUACAUUCGCAUGUUCUCCUUCAGGUCCUUGUGUUUCUUGCAAUUCCUCUGAAAAGAGGAAAGAGAAGUAUCGUUGUAGUGAAACUGGAUACCGUAUACCUUUCAAAUGUAAAGAGGUGAAAGAAGUGGUGGAUACACACAAGAAAGAUGGAAGAGAAGAAACACAGAAUGGUCAGUCGAAUCCCGAUGACGAAGAGACGAAAACGAGGAAGCUGCUGGAUGAUUCGCCUGUACCGAAAGUGAAGUCCCAGUCUUACAAAACUUACAGAAGCUGUGUGCCAUCUGCAAAUGAAGAGAGGAUAUCAGUUCUUGGAUUUGAGUCGAUUAUGCUAGGAUUGUUCCUGCUAAGCGGAACCGCUAUAUACAUCAGAAAGAAACAGUCAGUACCGAUGCUUGGGGUGUCAACUGCAAGAUCACAAAGCAAUUCUCGGUUUUAAGAGAAACCUUUUUCAGUAUGUAAGCUUUCAUCUUCUCACUCAGAAACAGAUUUAACAUUUGUCAUUGUCUGUUGAAAAGACGAGAGAUAUGCUUGAGUGUAUAGAAUAGCUUUAGGGGCCUUCAUAUAAUUGGGACUAAUUGUAUCACACAUGUUUUGGUUUCGUAAUACGACUCUGGUUACAGUCUUUGAA